AUGUAUUCAAAAGUUUUUUGCUUGAUACUUGCUUUUGCGCUAUUACAGAUAGCAUAUACAGCUGACUGUGAACUUUGUACUUUUAGUAUAGAUGGAAAAGAUGAUAAUGGCCCUUGUACUAAUUGCGAUGAAGGUACAUGUACUCCAAAAAAAGGAACUAUAGGAACUAGUUAAUUAGCUUGUUCUAUUAAAAAAUGCUAGGCUGGUACUUUUAGCGAAACUGGCUAUGAUAUUGAUGGAUGCACUAAUUGUCUCAAUGGAACUUCCUCUUUGGAAGGUUCUAAAGAAUGCAAUCUAAUCCCUUGUGGCUAUGGCUAUUAUAGCGAAACUGGCUACUAUGAUAAAAAUGAAGGAGAUAGAGAUGAUGAGUGUGAAUAUUGCCCAUAUGACAAAUCCACCAAACAAGAAAAUACAAUAGGAGAUGAUGAUGAUACUGCUUGUGAUUUACAGUUAGAAGAAUGUCCUGAAGGUACAUAUAGUGAAACAGGUUAUGAUAGUGAUGGAAAAGGCAGUGGAUGCUAAACAUGUGAGCCUGGUACUCACUCAUAUAAAGGUUUCAAAAAGUGUUAUCUAAAAGUCUGCGGUGUUGGCACUUAUAGCUCAACAGGCUAUUACAAUACUAGACUUAAUGAGAAAUGUAGAGUUUGCCCAAUUGGUAAAUCAACUGAUAAAGAAAUGACUAUAGGAGAUAAUGAUAAAGUAUGUACUUUGUAAUUAAAAUAGUGUCCUGAAGGUAAAUUUAGUACUUCAGGUUAUGAUGGUAAUACAAAUGAAAGUCAAUGUAAGAUGUGUAGACCUGGUACUCAUUCUUUAUUAGGCUCAAAAAAAUGUUAACUAAGGCCUUGUGAUUAAGGUUAUUAUAGUAGUACAGGAUAUUUUAAUAUUAAUAAGGAAUUGAAUUGCACUGAGUGCCCUCCAGGCAAAUCUACUAAGGAGCAAUAGACUAUAGGAAAUGAUGAAUAAGUUUGUGAUGUGUAGCUAUAAUUCUGUCCUUAAGGCAAAUUUAGUUAUUCAGGCUAUGAUUUUGAUGGGAAAGGGAACGGAUGUUCUGAUUGUGAGCCAGGUACUUACUCUUUAGUAGGCUCUAAAAGAUGUGAUCUAACUUAUUGUGGUUAUGGUUAUUAUAACAUAAAUGGCUAUUAUAAAAAUUCUAAAGAAACAGAAUGCUAAAAAUGCCCAAUAGGUAAGUCUACCCCACAAGAAAAUACAUAAGGAUUAGAUGAUAAAGUUUGCAAUGUGCCAUCAAAUAAGUGUCCUGAAAAUAAAUGGAGUAUUACUGGCUAUGAUUAUGAUGGAAAAGGGAAAGGAUGUGAAAAAUGUGAAGCAGGAACGUACUCUACUGAGGGUUCUACAGUCUGUGAUCUAAGGCCUUGUGGUUAUGAUUUUUAUAGCUAAACAGGUUUUUACAAUAUUAAUUCAAACGAAAAAUGUAAGGCUUGUCCAAAAAAUACUUAUACUAAUGGAUAUAUUAACAAAAGUUUAGAUGAUUCAAUUUGUAUAACUUAUGAAUCAAGUGAAUGUGAUGAAAGUGAAAGUGGAAGAUAUGAUGAUAUUGAAACUACUUCAAACUCUAUUAUCAUUAAAACUACUUUAAGUUUGAUUUUAUUAGUUACUCUUUUCUGA